UCUAUCUUCAAUUAGACCAAACUCUUUAACCUUUUCUGUAAUGAUUUUUAGUGCUAUAAUGCAAAUGCUUAAUGAAUUGGAUUAAAACGAUGUGUUUGUUUCCAUUUCUCAAAUAAAGCUUCGAAUUCCUGUGUGACAUAUUACUAAUAGUAUUGCAUUUCAUAUUAAAUGAAGUAACAUGCAAUUGUCUUUCAACUGACGUAAUAGUGUGAAUAUUACAUUCUCAGUGCAUAAAACUUAAACUCAGUACUAAGUGAAUUUUUCUAUCUAUAUAAAUUUCGGUGGAUAGAGUUACUCAUUAUCUGUGUUGGUGGGACGAAGCAGGUAUACAGUAGAGUAGUCGAGGUGCCUGCAAGUUUAUCCAGAUACUACCAUUAUAUUAUAUAGAAAAAUCAACCUAAUAAUGUCAAUUGAUUAUGCAUUUAUGGAAAGAAAAAAAGAUGAGGUCAAUUUGAGAUGCUAGGAUGCUUGAACGUACUUGAUGAAUCCGUUGGUCGUUGGCAGUGUAUCGGGUGGAGAUUGGUCUUUGAUCAGCUAGGUUCCAUUUCUUUGGUAUGGGAAGGACAAUAAAAGAAAGUUAAUAAUGAGAGUUGAAGAUUGCUACUGAAGUAUUUAACAGCAGUCGAAAAUGUCUCGGAAAGGAUUGAUGGAGCAGGACCUAAGCAAAUUGGAUGUGACAAAGCUACAUCCGCUUUCGCCUGAAGUUAUUUCUCGUCAGGCUACAAUAAAUAUUGGUACUAUUGGCCAUGUGGCUCAUGGAAAGUCAACAGUCGUAAAAGCUAUAUCUGGUGUGCAGACCGUUCGUUUUAAAAAUGAGCUAGAACGUAAUAUUACAAUUAAGCUUGGAUAUGCAAAUGCUAAGAUAUACAAAUGUGAAGAAGAGCGCUGUCCUAGACCCAUGUGCUACAAGGCAUAUGGUAGUGGAAAAGAAGACAGUCCCAUGUGUGAUGUCCCUGGUUUUGAGAACUGCAGGAUGAAAUUACUGAGGCAUGUAUCCUUUGUUGAUUGCCCCGGUCAUGAUAUUCUCAUGGCUACGAUGCUUAAUGGAGCUGCAAUUAUGGAUGGAGCCUUACUUCUGAUUGCUGCCAAUGAGAGCUGUCCCCAACCUCAAACUUCUGAACAUUUAGCAGCUGUUGAAAUUAUGCGCCUCCAACAUAUCAUAAUUCUUCAAAAUAAGGUUGAUCUAGUCCAGGAAAAUGUUGCCAUCAACCAGCACGAGGCAAUUCAGAAAUUUAUUCAGGGAACUGUUGCAGAUGGUGCCCCAGUUGUACCAAUAUCUGCACAAUUGAAGUACAAUAUUGAUGUAGUUGCUGAAUAUAUUGUGAAAAAAAUUCCCAUUCCUGAGAGGAAUUUCAUUUCACCACCAAAUAUGAUUGUUAUCCGGUCAUUUGAUGUCAACAAACCUGGUUUUGAAGUUGAUGAUAUCAGAGGUGGUGUUGCUGGUGGCAGUAUUUUGAAGGGUGUAUUGAAGGUAAAUCAACUUAUUGAAGUUCGUCCAGGAAUUGUUGUCAAAGAUGAGAGUGGAAACAUCAAAUGUACUCCAAUAUAUUCAAGAAUAGUAUCAUUGUUUGCCGAGCAAAAUGAACUACAAUUUGCUGUGCCCGGAGGCCUCAUUGGAGUUGGAACAACUAUGGAUCCAACAUUAACACGUGCUGAUCGAUUGGUGGGACAGGUUCUUGGGGAGGUUGGGUCACUCCCUGAAGUUUUCGUCGAACUAGAGGUGAAUUUCUUUUUGCUCCGACGUCUUUUGGGUGUGAGGACAAAGGACUCGGAGAGGCAGGGUAAAGUCUCAAAGUUGGCAAAGGGAGAAAUCCUCAUGUUAAAUAUAGGGUCUAUGUCAACAGGGGCUCGUGUUGUUGCUGUCAAGAAUGUUUUCGCGAAACUGCAAUUAACGUCCCCUGUGUGUACCAGUAAAGGUGAGAAAAUUGCUCUUAGCCGGAGAAUUGAGAAGCACUGGCGGCUUAUUGGUUGGGGCCAAAUCCAAGCUGGUAUUACUAUUGAUAUUCCACCCUGCCCCAUCUGAGUAAAUUUUACACGACUAACUACUGAACAGCUGAAAAAACUGUCAAAACAACGCAGAAGUUUGGAGUUAGAUGUAGGAAGGCGAGUAGUUGCGGGUAACUAUUUUUUCCAGGUAGAGUAGAAAAGAUUAUUUGAAAUACCAGAUAUUCUAUAGUCUUACAUUUACUUUUCCACUUGUUUCUUUGUCCAAGUGGUUGCACCUUGUAUUUCAUCAGUUUAGGUGGUUACUAGAUUGAGUUCCAUUCAUCUUGCGGCAGAUUCCAAACCAACCAUUGAUGUAAUAUUAUCUACUCAAUUUUGUAUGCUUUCUACUGAA